AUCAGCAUCUCCUUUAAUAACAAAAGUGGGAGAGAGUGACCCACGCCUUCGAUUCUACUGUUUUCCAUGUCCUCUCACUCUAUUUUGCUUCUCUCUAUCUAUCAUUCCUCACUCUAUCUUCCUCCCCUCAGAUAAAAGAAAGAGCGGUACGCCAUUCUAGGCAUGGACUUGGCCCACUCCUUCUCCUUCUUUGCCGCUUCCUUGUCUCCUCCAUUCCCAUUCCUCUCCACCUUAACCUCUGCAUAUCAACUUCCCACCUCAAUGUCUAAUUCAACUCAACUCUUUUCUCGUCUUUUAUUUUAAUAUUAAUAUAUCCAACAUCUGAUCAUGUUAAUAUGUAUUUAAAUAUUUGACGUUUAUAACAGAUAAUAUCAUCUAGUUGUGUUACCCUUUCUUUAUUUAUUGCCUGUUUUCCUUCCAUGCUCCACACCUAUCUUCUCUCUCACGGAAAGGUCUGUCUUUUUAAUCAACAAACAUGCGGAGUGGGAACUUGACUUGCAUAUCGUCGAGUGAGAGCGCGUGUUUGGAGGGUGAUGAAGAAGGAGGAGGAGGAGGAGGAGGAGGAGAAGACUCCAUUUUCCUAUCCCUUUGUCCGCCAGGCCAACGCCACACAGUUUCUUCCAAACACCGACAACUCCAAAACAAACAAAAUCCUGUUACCCCUAAUUCCUCUCUCCAAAACCCUAAUAUUCUUCAUCAUCAACAUGCUGCUGUCACCGUCGCUAUGCAUAUUGGUCCCCCUGCCACCGCCGCCGCCACCGAAUCCAACGACGUCUCGGCUGCCCGCCCGGUUGAUGGGCAGUACUGGAUUCCUACGCCUGCCCAAAUCCUCGUUGGUCCCACCCAGUUCUCCUGCUCUGUCUGCAGUAAAACCUUCAACAGAUACAACAACAUGCAGAUGCACAUGUGGGGACAUGGAUCACAGUACAGAAAAGGGCCAGAAUCAUUAAGAGGAUCAAAGCCAGCUUCAUCAAUGCUACGACUUCCAUGCUAUUGCUGUGCAGAAGGGUGCAAAAACAACAUAGAGCAUCCAAGGUCAAGGCCAUUGAAAGACUUCAGGACUCUUCAGACCCAUUACAAGAGAAAGCAUGGAGCAAAGCCUUUCAGUUGUAGGAAAUGUGGGAAGCCCUUUGCAGUCCGAGGGGAUUGGAGGACACAUGAGAAGAACUGUGGAAAGCUUUGGUUUUGCAUUUGUGGGUCUGAUUUUAAGCACAAAAGAUCCCUUAAAGACCAUGUUCGAGCCUUUGGAGAUGGGCAUGCACCUCAUACGGUCCAACUUUGUGAGGUUGAAGAUGAUGAUUGGGAUGAUAAUGAUGAUCAUGAACAUGUAAAUGGAUCUCAACCCUGGUCAAUUUAUCAUUAAUUUUAAUUUCCAUGCUUCUUAAUUAAUCUACCAUUUUGUUCCCUAAUUGUUAAUUAAUUAAUUAAUUAUCCUUAUCCCAUA